UGGGCAGAUUAGUGUGUCUGGCUCAACUAGAUGGGAUUCUGGGGAGCCCAGGCUGGCAGGGAAAACAGGCUCAGGGGUGAUUUCAGCACACCAGGUGACAGUCCCAAGGGGAUCUCUGUGACCCAAGCUUUCACACCCGCCUCCAGUCCAAGGAGCACCAUGGACACUUCACAGGUCAUGCCAGCCCAGAGUGCAACAAGUCAGAAGGAGGUAAUUGGGAGCGAGGGUGCUGAGGAGGAGGGGAGCCCAGAGACAGAGGAUGACUCGGCAUCCAUAGAUGCAUGCAUCCAGGAGCUGUUUUCAAGCCCGGAGGAAGCUAGCCAGUCGCAGCAGCUGGAACUUGGGGAAUCGCAAAGAUCAGAGGAGGCACCUGAGGCAACCUUGGCAUCCCGGUCAUCCUUGUUAUUGCCGGCUGAACAGCUGUGCAGACUCAGGAAGCGGCCUCGAAAAAGUAAAGAGGACCUGCUGCAUGAAGUUAUGCAGCAGGCCAUUGCUGAGAAUAGAAAAAUGCAGGAGUGGUGUGACAGCAAGAUGAGGGAAUGGAAGGAGAACACAGAGCGGCUCCUAAACAUCAUGGAGUGGCAAGCGGACUUGAUGCAGGCACUCAUAGAACUGCAUAUGGAGCAGCUUCGUGCCUGCCCUCCCCUGCAGCCUGUGUCCCAAAACUCUUUCCCAUGCACCUGCCAUGUCACCACCAACACAGUAGAUCAUAACCUUUCUAAUGGUAUGUUACAUGGGGCAUUCAGAAUAAACCAUAUUUCAGUGAUGUUAUAUUCAUGUUCAUAAGCAUGUUUUCAGAAAGUAUAUGGCGUGCAAUGUCACAACUGCAUUAAGUGAAAGCAAGCAUAGCCCAGGAAAGCAACAAGCGCUGCUAGUCAGUGCAUCGUAUGGAGCACUCGGUACCUACUAGCAUUGCAAUGACUGCACUGUGCAUGGCACCAAACAUUACUGGCUUUCAGGAUCGAAUUGCUGCCUCAGAGCAUCCCGAAUCCUCAUGGCCCUGCGUUGUGCCCCCCAAUCGCCCUGGUCUCUGGCUGCUCAAAUUCAGCCUCCAGCCACUGAGACUCAGCGCUCCAGGUCGGAGUGAAACUUUCACCAUUCACUUCACAAAUAUUAUGCAGGGUACAUCACGUGGCUAUAACCAUAGGGAUGUGGUCAUCAGCCAGGUCCAGCUUCCCCUACAGACAUCACCAGCAGGCCUUUAAAUGGCCAAAGGCACACUCGACAGUCAUUCUGCACCUGCUCAAACUGUUGUUGAACUGCUCCU